AUGGAAGACGUCUCGUAUGAUAAUAUUUCAGAAUAUAUUAAUACAGAAAGUGUUACUUCAGUUAUCAAAGAAGAACUGAAGGAUUUUGAUAAGCAAAUGCAGGACUACCAACUUUCGUAUAAACUGUUACUUAAUACUGAAGAAGAAGAAUUUUUUGACAAUUAUGAUCUAUUAGAAAAAGAGUCUUCUGAUUUUAAAGACUUCAAUAGGAAAUAUGGUCCAUUUUUUCCUAAUUUUACAUCAUCGAUGCUCUUUAUCUGGAUUACCAAACAUAUAAUAUCAAUCUCUGCAUAUAAAGAUCUCUUUAAGAUUCUCACUCAUCUUGAAUAUCGAAAAGAGGAUCUUAUUGCAAAUAUUCGCCAGAUUUGUAAAUAG